AUGAGAGCUGCGGUGUACCACCUCCUCGCCGGCUGCCUCUGCCUGUUACGCACCGCUGCUGAGGUGAGCCAUCCCCGAGUCAGAACUCAUCUUAAUUAGUCGCAAUUAACCGGAAAAAUACUGGAAACUGCUAAAAUCUUUCUUUGGUGCAAGUUGUCUGUCGUAUUUGUAGUGUAAACAACUUUUCUUUCACCUUUACGCUUCUGCGCCUUUUACGCACGAACGUGUCCAACUUUAUCACCAAUAAACCGACUCAUCGAGUGUCUGUCUCCCCGCAGGAGUCUCCUCUCCCCCGGGAGCUGCUGGAGCGCCUCUCCCGCAGUGAGAUCCGCAGCAUCAGCGACCUCCAGCGGCUGCUCGAGAUAGACUCCGUAGGUAAAGCUCUUCUUUAUGAUACAACUCGACUCACGCCCACGAGCUGGAUGAGUGAGCUCUGCAGCAAAGAGGGGUUAAAAGUAGAGGAUGUGAUGUUUGUGAUAUAACCAGGACAGAGCUGAACUGCGUACUCAGCUGAUUUUACUCAGAGGAGAAAGUUUGUCCGUUUGUCUUUGUUUUUGUGGACUAUCACACCAAACAGCAGCGUGUCCUCCAUGUGCCAGUCUGGGCCGCUGCCUCCCUCCCUCCCUCUCUCUCUCCCUCUCCGUCUGAGCUCCUCUGAAAGACUCUGAAUGAAGCAUUAGUUGCAUCUGGUUGAGUGCACAGUAAGAGGAUGCUGUCCUCUUGUCUCAUUACUGGAAUGCCUCACUGGGUGUUGCCAGGAGACCAGCGGUCUGUCCUGCUCUUCACACCCUCCAUGAACUCCUGAGACGGAGUUAACUUUGUGCUGAUCGACCAUGUGGAAAGGGUGGAGAUUGGAGUGGGAAUUGUUUUCAUAAAGGGACAUUUCACCCAUUUUACUCCUCAAAGUCAGUGUACAGACGUCUUUACGGUGAGAAAACAGUGAGAUGUUUCUCCAGAGGAGCUCCUGAGGAACAUGAUGAUGCCGCAGUGAUGUCAGCAGGGUUAUCUCAUCAAGAGCUCGAAGGUUAUGAGACGUUUAUGGGGAAACCAGCGUCAAGUGGGUGGAGUUAUGAGGACAUGAGUGAAUCAGAGUAGGGGGUGUCUGCAGAGCUGGAGAGCCAAGCAGAUCCACGACUGUGACAGAUCCACAACCGAGACAGAUCCACAACCCUCUUUUUAACCGCCACUCCUUCCUCCAAAGUUAUCAGGCCGAAUGGAGUGACGUCAUGAUCGAGUAUCAAACAUGAUCACAUAAUUUUUUUAGUCAUUAAUAAAACCGUUGUCUUGAAUUUGAAAUAAAUGUGACAGGCUCUGUUUGUGACAUUUUUCCAUUUUCCAUGAUAGUCUGAAAUACACACCAAAUCUCAGUCAAGCUAAUGCUAACAUUAGCUUGUCGGAAGUCGGAAAUGUACGAUUUGACCCGUAGGCGAGUAGCAUUGAAGUGAAGAAAAUAUCAGAUUCAUCGGCUCUGCAUUCAGGGGGUCAAAAUCAUCACAGAGGAAUGAAGAGAAUAAAAGACGCCAAUCACUUUGAUAUUGGGAAAAUAUAAGUUCAUAUUUUGGUCGAAUAAACCUGAAAUAUUAGAGGUUGGCAGACAAAACAUGAAAAUACGAUAAGUAAAAAAUUGUUAAAUUAAUAAAUCUAGAUGAAUAUCUAAAUAUGUGACUGUGGGCACUUCUUUAUUAACUUGUUUAUUAAAUUAAAUUUCUGGAUGUGGAGCGGCGGUUAAAAAAAGGUUGUGGAUCUGUCGUGCAAUGACCUACUCUGUCCAGCAGGGGCACAAAGAGGGUUGUGGAUCUCUGUUUGGCUCUCCGGCUCUGCAGACAUGUCAUAUUGGUUUAUCAUACAUUGAGGUUUUAAGCUGACAAGAGUUGCAUCAUGGGAACUGUAGUGUUUAGGGCCUAAAUGUCCGAAUCUCUCCGUGUCAUCAUGCUAACGCUCGCUGAAAGCAGCAGCUGUUGUUUCCUCACAGAGUCUGAAUAUUUUCAGUUUUAACAUCAGCUCUCUUCCUUUGUGAUCAUGUCAGGGAUUUGGAUGAAACCGGCAGAAAUGAAGGUCACUGAUGUUGAAAAUCGAGGACCAAGACCUCGUCGUCUGUCUCCUGGUUAUAUUUAUAAUUACAUUAAUAUGAGAUGUGAGAACUGAGAUGAAAUCGACAGACGAAGACCAUGACCAGACAGUUUUUCUGCACUUAUUACCACAUUUUUAUAAAGAUAAAUAAAAAGUUAAACUGCUGUCAGACGACGGCCGAAGUGUUCUAGGGUUACAUGUCAGCCUUUGUGACGUCUCCAUUCAGCCAAAAACAUGUCGGUCAAGAGUUUGAGACAGGAAAUCAAAUCCAGAAUGUUCAGAAGCAAAAAUCUCGACCCUGCAGAUGGGGUCUGGAUUUAUCUGAGUACUUCUCGACAGAAAUGACCCGGCAGGUUCUUGGCGUUGUAGGGGUUUUCUGCUGGGUGGAGUUCCUCAGGGUUCGGUUCUUGGACCGAUCAUGUUCUCAUUC